CUAGUUCCCAACUACUUCGUAGUGCGGCGCCUGUUUCUUCACUAUCACUAUCACCACUGUCGUCUCGCCUACGGCUUCACCUGAUCUGUCCAUCUCCAGCCAGCCCCCGCCACCCGUUUCAUCGAUAUCGCCGUUCCCAUUCACUUGAAUGCCCGUCCGUCAUCACAUCCUUACAAGCAGGGAAGGCGGCCCACCCCAUGGUGGCCUUAGCAUAUCCUUCCGACCCUCAGAUCCUUCCAGACGCCUGCCUCGCUCUAGCCCCGAUCUAACCCCCCGCCGCUGCCUGCAAUCAUGUUAGCCGAUGCCGACAUUCAUGCCCUGGAUACCGACCUAGGGGCCGUCGUGCUCCAGAACCAGCAGCACCAUGACAACCUGCAGGCCCUCCUCGGGAAGUUCCGCCAGCUGCUGGACAACUACAACAACCUCAAAAGCGACUACGAGGAAGAGAAGGAGGCCCGGGAGAAAUACAAGCGUCUGGCAAGGGGGCAGGAUCGUAAUCCAUUCGUGCUGGUGCUGGUCGAUGGGGAUGGCUAUCUGUUCAAAGAAUAUCUAGUCAAGGCCGGGAGUGAGGGUGGUAUAACGGCUGCCCGGCUCCUCCACGAUUCCAUCCGAGAACUCCUCCAUGACCGGCUGGGCAGCCAGGCCGACCAGUGUCGGGUUAUGGUGCGCAUAUACGCCAACGUGCUGGGGCUGUCCAAGUCGCUAGCUCGCUCCGGAUACGUGGGGCACGAGGCCCGCUCUUUGUCGCCGUUUGUGGCCAGCUUCACCCGGGCGCAGGAUCUAUUCGACUUUGUAGAUGCUGGUGAUAAAAAGGAGGGGGCGGACUAUAAGAUUAGAGAAAUGUUCCGUUUAUUCGCCGAUAAUAACCAGUGCAAGCAUAUCUUCUUCGCUGGCUGCCACGACUCCGGAUAUUCAAGCCUUCUCACGCCCUACCGCGGCCGAACUGACCGCAUCACCCUCCUAAAGGGGGCCAGCUUCCACAGCGAAUACGAACGACUAGAUCUGCCGGUGAGGGAGCUCCCGUCAGUCUUCAUGUCCACGCCAUUUAGCGGAAACGGACACCACACGACAACCUUGCCGCCAAGCCAGCCGCCUACUGCGGCGCCCUCCCGGCAGAUCUGCAAACAUUAUCAGAAGGGUAUUUGCCGGUACGGCAAUGCUUGCAUCAAAGUCCACAUCCCGCAAGGACAACAACUUUCUAAAUCUGAUGAUCCUCUCCCCUCGGGGAGAGAGGCUAUUAUCUCUACUAGAAACCAAGACUACUAUGCCUCGAACCUUGUCCGUAAUAUUAGCCCGACAUGGCAAGGUAGUAUACCGACUAACACGGCCGGCGAUCGCAUCGACACUUACUGUCCCAUCCCGUCCUCUGAAGCCUGGGAGGCGUAUACUCAUCGAGCCAAGAUUCAUAAGCCCUGUAACAACUACCAUCUUGGCGGCGAUUGUGGUAAUAAAAACUGUGACUAUGAUCACACCCCGAUUGAUUCGACCUCACUCGACGUCAUGAAACACAUUCUCCGGCAACAUCCGUGCCCGACGGGUCCAUCGUGCCGGUCUUUGAAGUGCUAUCUCGGACAUAUCUGCCAGAAGGAUGGAUGCCGGGCUACCAAGCCGUGCAAAUUCCCCCGUUACGCGCAUAUACUUGACCUACAUAUCGCCACCUGGGUCACCCCUCUCGACCGGAGGGAAUUUGAAAAGAGAGACUUCGGCCACUUCCGCUCUCACUCCCACUCCCAAUCUCACUCCCACUCUCCCUCCCCAGUGAGCGAAAGCUCCGGGGACGCUCAUUCGGCCGGCUCCAUCGACAGCUUGAUACACGAAGUCGGAUUCUGAACUGCUUAUACGGUCCAGUAGGGCCCUCAUGAUGAGAAAAAUACACGCAAUUUCCUUUUCUUAAGCCGUCUUUACUGAGACAACGCGGUGGGCUUGGUAUAGGUGAUAAAAAUAACCGCCACCACCACCACUGCCGCAAGGAACGGAGGAAACCAUCAACAUCAUCCAUGCUCUUUGGUGUUGGUUAUGGGUUAUGACGGUCAUAUGGAUCAUCGGUUAAGGUUACUUAUACUUAACCUGUUGGAGCGGAGUAAUCUCGCGCUAAGCUAUGACGAGAAUGAUACCGUGGAAAUCCAUCCUUAACCUGUUCUGUCGAUCUUUUCCUUUCGUUCUUUCUUCCUCUCUUUCGUCUUGAGGUUUUACAAUCCCCAUUUAUUGCCGGUUGGUUUCCUUAGGCAGAGCCUGUUAUUUUUCCUCUUAUUUAGCUAUCUAUUUAUUUGGGUUUUAUCUUUCGACUUCGUAUCGCAUUCAUAGCCUUGUAGGUAUAGGUAUCAUG